AUGGGUCUCCGCAAGAAGAACAAGAGCCCGCCGGUGCUCAGCCACGAAUUUGUGAUCCAGAACCACGCCGACAUGGUGUCGUGCCUGGCUAUGAUCAUCCUCCUGGGCCUGAUGUUUGAGAUCACGGCAAAGUUUGCCAUCAUGUUCAUUACAGUCCAGUACAAUGUCACACAAGUUCUUGAUGAAAAGAAUGAUCCAGUGAACCUUUACCAUUAUGGUCCUAAAGAUGUGGCCACUGUGUUUUUUUACUUACUAAUUAUCGUUAUUCUUCAUGCCCUGAUACAAGAGUAUAUACUUGAUAAAAUGAACAGAAGGUUGCAUCUGUCAAAGACCAAACACAGCAAGUUCAAUGAAUCAGGGCAAUUGGCAGCAUUUUACUUGUUUUCCUUCAUUUGGGGAUGCAGCAUCUUGACAGCGGAGGACUUUGCAAAAAAUCCCACUUUCCUCUGGGAAGGUUACCCCCACACUCACAUGGUUUUUCAGGUCAAGUUUUUCUACAUUUGCCAAAUUGCCUAUUGGCUUCAUGCACUUCCUGAGCUGUACUUCCAAAAAGUACGCAAGGAAGACAUCCCCCGCCAACUCAACUACAUUUGCCUUUAUGUUGUCCAUAUCACUGGUGCCUACAUCUUAAACCUCUACCGACUUGGUGUGGUGUUGCUGGUCCCUCACUAUUUGGUGGAGCUCCUGUUUCACGCCUCACGCCUCUUCUACUUCAGUGAUGAGAACAAACAGAAAGGUUUCACUCUGUGGGCUUUGCUUUUUGUCAUCGCUCGCCUCCUCACACUCACUCUUUCGGUCCUGACAUUUGGCUUUGGGUUGCCACGGACAAAAAACCAAGGAUUUUCUCUUGUAGAAGGCAACUUUAAUGUGCUCACCAUAAGGAUGUCAUGUUUGGCAGCCAUCUGCCUGACUCAAGCUUGGAUGAUGUGGAAGUUCAUCAAUUUCCAGCUAAAGAAGUGGAGAGAACACAGCCAGAACCAGGCCUCAAAAAAGAAAACAGCCAGCCCAAAGAGCAAACCUCACAAAAGGGAGCUGACAAGGGGCGGUGCUGUCAAUGGAAUUGUGAAGCCUGACGAUAAAACAUCACCACGGAUGAGAAGAGUUAAAAACUCAUGA